CACGUGGCCCAGAGGUCAGGGAGGUGCUCCACGUCGAUGCAUCGUAUUCAUAUUUCCACCGGGCUUCGUCCAGGAGGAGACGGCGGUCAGGGGAAGAGCGGAAAAAUACCUUGUGCGUGUGCUUCAAAGGCUUGUAACCAUGGAAACGACAGAACCCCGGCCCAGCCCUCAAGGUCCGGUGUCCCGAGACGAUUGUGGCCUGUGGAUGAAGAUGGACCCCGACCCCGUGACGGGGAGCCCAUUGGGGAACCGUAGAGAGGAGCCCCAAGAUGAGCCCAGAGCCCGCCCCCCUGGAGCGAUCCCGAGGUACGACAGUGUGAUGGACGACGAGGUCUUCAUCCCGCCUCCUCCAACCCACACGGCUCCUGUUCUGGCUGCAGAGGGCAGCGCAGAUGCUCAGGUGAACGAUUCCAGCGUGACUCUUACAAACGAGGCGGCUGGAGCCACGGAGGCUGAAGAUAAUCCCGGUGGCUUAGACUGGCGCAGCGGGGAGAGGCGGUCAAUGGCAACACGGGACGAGGCGGAUGAAGUGAUCGUGAGCACAGAGCAGACUUCUACUGCGUCUAUGGACGCCACGUCUCUCUCUAAAGACGCCAUUCUGCCUGGAGAUCAAGAGCACACAUCCAUGGAGGAUGCUGGUUCUGAUCCAACCGGAACACACCACGAGGGGGACGGAGAGUCGGAUGGAAAACCUGAGGAUGUUGGGAUUUUGAGCGGGGAAACUUGCAGGGAAAGUGAGGCACAAAAGAACAAUUACCCAAAAGAGGAACCUUCAGGAAACUCUGAACAUGACACGCAUUUUGACGAAGCGGGAGAAUCGGAGCUCUGCAAAGCCGACGAACACACCGUGGACGGAGCGAUCGGUCAGCCCCGGGUACAAGAUGUCCCAGCAGGGGAGUCCAAUAGUGAUGAAGAGCACGUUGACACCAGAUCUUUGAAUUACACCCUCACAAAGUCCAGCUGGGUGAGGAGAGAGAGCGGCACCGGCGAGGCGCGAGUGUCCCGACUCUCCUUCUCCGGCGGCGCCGAAGAGAUGGCGCCGCAGGGAGACGGGGGCCGGAGGAUAUCGAUCGGUAUCCAACAAGGCGAGCAACUGCUUCAACGUCUGCAACUGGUGCAGCUGCGUCAGGAUGUCGGUACGCCGGAGAGCCCUCAAGACGCCGAGCAGGACGCCCAGGAGACGAGAGGCGAGAGGCUCGGGACGGAGGUAGACGAGGGAGCCGGGACGAAGGUAGACGAAGGAGCCGGGACGGAGGUAGACGAGGGAGUCGGGAUGGACCUGAUGGCAAAGACGGAAAAGAAUGAGGGAAAAGACGUCGAAGCGAAGGCAAGAAGGUCUUCAUCAACGACGCCCGAAGAGUCUGAGCCUCGCGAGAGAGACUCUGAUGGCCAUCGAGUGCCUGCAGACUUGCCUCAGAUGGACCCCAAUGAAACAUCCUCCACCCAAAUGCUCUUUCUCUCCUUCCGCCGCCGACUCUCGGUCGACGAGACCUGCGUUGAGAGGCAGGUCCUCCAGGAAGACCGGCACCUGCAGAGAGUCGGAGGUGUCGUCAACGUCGCAGACGAUCCGGAUGUGCUGGAGAUCCCCUUCAAGAACUAUAUUUUUCUUGAGCCCUUCCCCGCCAACGAGGGCCCGGACCGGCGCGGCGGCGGCGAAUGGCCUUUCUCCGAGCGCAAGAUGAAGAAGGAGAUAAGUCAGGAGACUCAGAGGGAGCUGGUGCUGUUCAACCAGGGGAAGAUCCCGGGGGAGUACAGCAAAGGAGAGGACCACCAGUUAAAGGAGACCAAACUGCUCUUCGAGGGGUUCCAGAAGGAGAACGUGGAGGGUCCCACCCGGCACCGGAAGCCCCUUCCGAAAGGUCGGGUUUACCCGUCGGUGCUGGAGCUCAAAGUUUGCUCUUUUUCCAGAGCGCAUUCCUUCAGGCUGUAUCGAGAGACCGAGACACGCGCGGAUACCGUAAGACCGACGACCCCGACGGGUUCCCGAGACGCGACGCCUCCGUCUCUCUGCGUAAAACGAGACAAACCGGCACACCAGUGCAGAAGCAUGGACUCCAUCAGCACCAGCGUCUCUACCGGGGAUACCAGGAGGGAAUCUGGGGAGGGAAUCACGCCGCAGGAGUCUCCCGUCCUCAGGGGAAACCCCUUCUUCAAGUUGAGGCCGGCCCUCGGCCUGAAGCCGGAGGUAGAGAAGGACAUCCGGGAGGCCAAAGAAAGAGAAGAGGAGCUGCAGCGACAGCGACGAACGCUGUACGGCGAGAACCGGCGGAGCGGCGGAGUCGGGGAGACGUCACGGGACAAACCAGCGCUGGUGCCAGACGUCAGGAAACAGUCGCGGGGGAAGCUGGAACGCGUUUGGCCGCCGCCCGCCAAGAAAGACCAGACGAGGACGAAGCAGCCGGCACAGCAGGAGCCAAAGGUUCCCCGAGCGGGAGGUCAGAGGGCUCCUCUGUGGCAGCGCUGGGAGUCGGGCCUGAUCAACGGGAAGACGGCCAAGGAAAAGAACUGACGAUGGCCGCCGGGACGCCUUCGCCACGGCGAAUAGAAUAUCAACGAUCUGCAAAGCUAGAGUUGCUCACGUCCAACGUUAAUCAAUAUAAGCAGUAAUCCUGAAGUUCCGGCUUUAAAAGCUAUUUUUCUAUCUUCCACUUCUGUAUCAGCAAGAGUCGAAUAUCCGUUUUGAUAUUUUUAAAAGGCUAGUUCUAUUCAUCACAUAAAUAAAGCAACCGUAUCACUUCG